CCAUUAGAAAAAGGCAGAUGUCAUGGAAAGUGAAAAAGGAGAGGUUGUGUAUAAGAUGAGGGACUAGUGUUUCAAGUUUAUGUUUUAUUGUUAUGGUAUCAACAUAUACUGUAGCUUUUUCCUUAAGGGACUGUUUGGUUUCACUUCACAUUUUGUCAGGAGUGUAGGAGACAAAAAGAGAGGAAAACAAGCUGUUAGAUCUAAAUGUAGAAGUUUCCAGCGUUGGAUGUCUGGAUUUUUCUUAUAGAGAUCUGGGCAGUGUUUCCCUUUUCUACAUGGCAGGCACGUGGAACCUCCUGAUACUGGCUCUGAACCUCUCCAUUCUCAUUGUCCAGUCAGAAACAGAAUGCCCUGGCGGAUUUACUUUGACGAAAAACAAGUGCAUUGAUCUCGAUGAAUGUGGGUCUUUUGAGGACUAUAUUGAUCAGCUAUGUGGAGAGAACGCAGUCUGUAAAAACACGAUUGGUAGCUUCUCCUGCCUUUGUGCUGACGGUUUCAGAUCCUCAUCCGGGGCUGCAAAUUUUUCAGCAGCAACAUCUGAUAAAUGUGAAGAUAUCAAUGAGUGUUUCGAAGACAGAGGCCUCUGCGGACCUAAUGCCUUGUGUUUUAACACAAUUCCACAAUAUUCCUGCAUUUGUGAUGUUGGAUACAUUUCCACUAAUGAAGAGGAAAGUUUUCGUAACGGUGACAACAUCACAUGUAGAGAUUUGGAUGAAUGUCAAGAGGAAAACGUUUGCGGUCAGAAUGCAAAAUGCAUCAACACACAAGGCAGUUAUCGCUGUGACUGCAAUGCUGGCUUUGAACUGAAAUCUGGCAAUCUCUCUAGUAAUCAGGAGCAACGUGAGGACAUAUGUAGGACUGGUACGACAAUCUGCGGAAAUGGAACCUGCUACCAUGGAGCCAGUGGCCAUUACUGUACAUGCCAUGCAGGGUUCACUAACUAUGGAAACAAAAGGGCUCGCUGUACCGAAUUGAAGUGUGAUGUAUUCAAAGAUAAGAUCAGUUUGACAGAGGGAUUUCAUGUUGCACGUGAUCUUGUGAUGCAGUUAAAAGAAAGCUGUCUGCAGCUUACAAUGAGUGAACAUCCAAAAGAGCUGGAUGGAGAGGACAUACUAAAGAAACUGUUGUCUUUGAUCGACAAGCUCUUGUCCGGUGGAGCCUUCAAAAAUAACAGGAAAGUCUCCAUCUUUUUGACCAUGGUGGAGGAAACUCUGAGGCUUAUAGGACCUUUCAUUAAGGACCCUUGGACAGCAAUAACCUCCACUCAAACAGAUUUGAAGCUUCUGGUAAAAAAGGGGGAUGACAUUCCCCAGGGAACCAAGACAUUAUCAUCCAAGGGAGCUCAUCUUAAUAUUUCGUUGAAAACAGCGGCUGGAGAUCCUUACCAUUACCCAGGCUUUACAACAGUGUCCUCUCUGAGCUAUGCAAACCUGGAGGACUCUGCAGAUGGCUUCUUUAGCGGUAUGAAACGUCAAGCGGAACACAACUAUAAGAUCAACUCUAAAAUUGUGACGGUCACUGUCAGUAACAGAAACGCAAACCACCUCAAAGAGCCUGUCAUAUUGACUUUCGAACAUCUCAAACAGUCAAAUGAAACAAACCACACAUGUGUAUUCUGGGAUUCUUUAAAAGAAGGAGGGUCAUGGUCUGCUCGUGGUUGCAGUGUGGUGGAGUCCAAACCUAAAUACACUGUGUGCUCCUGCAACCAUCUGAGCAGCUUUGCUGUGCUCAUGGCACUCCAUGAAAUAGAGGACAAGUUUGAGUUGCAGCUGAUCACCUGGGUGGGUCUGUCCCUUUCACUAAUUUGCCUGAUUAUCUGCAUCCUGACCUUUUCACUGAUCCGCUCCAUCAAAAGCCCACGAACCACCAUCCACCUGCACCUCUGCAUCAGCCUCUUUAUUGCCACCCUUAUCUUCCUUGCAGGCAUCUCUCGUACUGAGAACCGGGUUGGCUGUGCAGUUGUAGCAGGGCUGCUGCAUUUCUUCUUCCUGGCAGCAUUUUGCUGGAUGUGUCUAGAGGGCAUACAACUUUUCAGAAUGGUGGUCCUGGUUUUCAACACCAACUUCAAAACCCUCUACAUGAUGGCAGGGGGUUAUGGAGUCCCAGCUGUUGUAGUCACGGUUUCUGCAUUAGCUAAUGCCAAGGGAUAUGGCACAAAGAGACACUGUUGGUUAAGCCUGGAUUUAAUUUGGAGUUUCUUUGGUCCUGUCUGCGUCAUCAUUACUGUCAACAUUUUCUUCUUUCUCAUCACUGUGUGGAAGUUGGCACAGAAGUUCUCAAGUUUAAACCCUGACCUAGACAAUCUGCAGAAAGUGAAGGCGUUCAUCAUUACUGCAGUGGCUCAGUUGACGCUUUUGGGCAUCAUAUGGAUCUUUGGUUGUUUCCAGUUUGAAGGGGGGCCAAUAAUCAUAACAUACCUGUUUACCAUCUUUAGCAGCUUUCAGGGGGUUAUGCUCUUUGUCAUGCACUGUCUGCUUUCAAAACAGGUGAGGGAAGAAUAUGGAAACAUCCUGUCCAGAUUCUGUGCACCUCGAAAGAAGAGUUACUUUGACUUAAGCUCCUCACACACCAGCAAAGCUCAUGCAUCCAAGAGCACCCAGGACACGGGGGAGUCUCGCAUCUGAGGACUUAACAGGGAUUUGGGAGAAAAGUCUGAUUUAUUUCAAGAAUACUGCCAUCUAAGAUGAAUAGCUUACUUUUGCCCUGACGUGUAGUCAAUGCAUCAGCUUCAUUGCAACAUGUUCUUAAUGCUUCUUUACAUUUUCAUGCCUUUUUUUCAUUUUUGUUAUUGAGUUGGUAUUUGCAUUUGGAAAUGUUAAAUAGGAAACAUUGACAUGUAUGAUGUAUUACAAAUUAAGAUAAGAAAUGACAUUCAACAGUGAUGAGCAUUACAUUUUGUUAUUCAAACAACACUUUUAUGAUGACCCAUGAUAAGCACAUAGUAAACUUUAUCUAGUGGUAAAAAAUGUCUUUAUUUACGGAAAAGAUGUAAACGUUUUUUUAAAUAUUCAAGUGAUCCUCAAGACCUGUUUUAUCAGGUAUAUGUUUUAUGGCUUGUCAUGUCAUCCAGGUACUUUAUUCAACAUGCAAAGAUAAUCUAAAAAGACAUAUCUAAGACAAGCACUUUUUUUGUGGAACUUAUUAUCUAAAUAUGACCACCAAAAAGAAGGACGACUAUAGAAAUAGAUUUUAAAUGUAUUUUGUGUGUAUAUAUUGCUGCGCAAUUAAGUAUUUAUAGUAAGUUACUGUAUUUUCUGCUCCAUUUAGCAAGCUUUUACUUGUUCAAAGUAUUUCAUGUAAUUAUUGUUUGGUUUUUAUUUACUUAGUUCCCAAACCUGAAUGUUCAGAGAAAACGUUUGUAUAAUUGGGUUUUAUAAUUCAAGCUUUGUUUUAAGCACUGGUUUUAGCCUUUAAGUCAGAUGUUUGUUCAGAAAAAUGUUCUUUGGAUCCAUGUUUCUGAUUGAUUUCAUAUUUUUUAGGUUGAUAUAUUUAAAAAGGUGUUCUCAUACUUUUCAUCCAUCUCCUAGAAGCAUUAAAUAAAAUGAAUAAUAUUC